GCACUGUUUCUCUUGGCCUGGCCGCCUCCCUGAGGGCUCAGGCGUCUCUGGAGCAGCUCCUGCCUCCUGCAGCCUCUUGCCCGACCUCAGAACCCCUGCAGAGGGCAGGCCCCCAGGGGGCCCUGCCCCACAGCACCAUGAUGGGAAAACUCCCCCUGGGGGUUGUCUCCCCUUACGUGAAGAUGAGUUCGGGGGGCUGCACAGACCCUCUGAAAUUCUACGCCACCAGCUACUGCACAGCCUACGGUCGGGAGGAUUUCAAGCCCCGCGUGGGCAGUCACGAAGGCACAGGCUACAAAUCAAAUUACCGGCCUGUGGUUUCCUACCAACCGCAUCUCGAUGCCCUGGAUAACCCGGCCAUGGGGUACAGUCUGUCCAACCCCUCCUCACCCCCUGCCUUCCCAGGCCUUAGCCCUCAGGGUCAUCGGACCUCAUCAGACCAACUCCAGCCUCUGUGCCUUGGGUCUGGGGUCCUGGGGGACUCGGGGACUGGUCCUCAGCCUGGGACCCAAAGGGAACAAGUCUGCAACAAUUUCCAGACAGUGACCAGUCAGAGUUACCGCCCCCUGGAGGUGCCUGAUGGCACAUACCCACUGCCCAGGAACUUGUACCAGACCAGCUCCGGCUACUCUCGGGAGAAAGCCAGUGCGGUCACCCCCAUCAAGGAGGUGAGGAAGGUCCAUUUUGACACCAAGGACUAUGGGCCCCAGGCCAUCACGGGGCUGGAGCCCAAGGAUGUGCCCCUGCUCCACCAGCAGCAGAACAAGGGCUCGCUGGAGUGGGAGAAUGCCCGACAUGGCCCCCGCUUCAUGACUUCCGAGUAUAAUUCCAAGUAUCUCAAGGAGCCGUCACAUCAACCAGAUCUCUUGCAGAAGAAUUCAAUUGGUGCCAAGGAGGAGACUGGCUUCACUGAAGAGUCCAACAAGAACCCCAUUGUCUUCCAGCCGCCCUCCCAGGCCCUUCCUGGGGACCCAGUCCUCCUCCCUGGCCGGAGUGUCACCAAGUCGGACUUUCUCCCCAUUUCCCACCCUCAUGGGGAUGAGUUCCUGCCGGUGCUGGCCAGAGGCUCCGAGCGGGAGACAGCCUUCAGCCGAGUGAGCGAGAGGAUCCUGAAUCCCAGAGUGCCCCCUCCCUGCCCAGAACCCAGCUGCAUGAGUCAUUGGCAAUUCCAGUCUCCCCAGAGGAUGCAACAGACAAAUGUUGCCCUGCUUGGCCGGGAGACCGUGGGCAACAAGGAGCCCUCAGGGUUCAGCCUUAACAACCCCAGCUAUGUUCGGAGCCCCUAUGACCCUGACAUGGAUAAUCGCUACCUGACCACCUACAACCAAGGAUACUUUGAGAACAUCCCCAAGGGUCUGGAUCGCGAAGGCUGGACUCGAGGUGGCCUGCAGCCCCAGAAGCCGGGAGGCUAUGCCCUCAACAACCCGGUCACCCGCCUGGAGGCCACCCCCAACCCCACGGAGAGCCUGAGGCGCCUGCACCCUCACGUGGGCAGAACCCUGAUCUCUGCGGACCCCUUCUACCGAACCGCGCCUCCCAGCGGCCACGGGAGCCGCUUCACUGCGCCCAACUGAGCCUGAGGCCUGGGUUUGCCGACUCCCAGGGACAGGAGCCGGCUACUGUCCCUAUUCCCACAUCCCCCCGGGGGCUCCCCGGCUACUUUCUUAAUGAAAUAAAAGCAGUGGAAGCCGA